AUGGCUAUGGUGUCCAAGAAAGAUAUGUCGCCCGCCUAUGGAGAAACAGUGGAAGAAAUCUUGAAAAUCUACAAAUCACUGCCGCCGAGACCCUCCAUUGAAGAGGUUGAGGCUGCAACAUCUGUAAUCGACACAGUGGAAGAACAAGAACGCCUUCGAUUGGAGGAAAUCUCCAAUCAACUGCCCCCACAAGAUGUUCUCCCAGAGCUCUUCUCUGUGCUGCAACAAGUGAAGAAGAACAUGGUUUUGUUACAAAGCUAUGAGCAGAGGAAAGAGGCCGUCCACUUGAUUGAGCUCGACAAGAUUUUCAAGGUGUUUGAUGGGCUAAUCCAGAAGGCUUCUGGGUUUGUUUCUGGAAAUGAUCAUGUCGAGGAUCAGCGAAAUUCUAGUGAUGUAAUUGAAAUUGAUGAGGUUGAGGCCGAAAACGUUGUGAUCAGUGAUGAGAAUUCGACAAUCAGGAAGAUUAUUGAAAAAGCUGAUCGAGAAUAUUCGAAGAAUGCUGAUGAUUUUAAGGGUUCUUCUACAAAGGCUACCAUUUCCCCUGCAGGAAGAGGAGAUGCAGAAAAGUUGAGUAUGAUCCAAGUGGCUGCCAUUUUUGAAGAUUUUGCUAAAACAGGAGCAAGUAUUCUAGAUCUUCAUGGAAAAUUGAUGGAGAAGAUUGAGUGGCUUCCUUUAUCUCUUGGCAAGCUAUCAAAUGUUACUGAACUAAACUUUUCCGAAAAUCAAAUCAUGGCUCUUCCAACCACUAUAGGCAAUCUGAAAACCUUAAAGAAGUUUUACAUCGCUGCCAACCAACUUAUAAACCUUCCAAAUUCAUUUGGGGAGCUACAUAAUUUAACAGAUGUCAAUCUUUGUGCAAACAUGUUAAAAUCACUACCUGAGACUUUUGGGAACUUGAAAAACCUGAUUAAUCUAGAUUUGAGUUCGAAUAAGUUUGUGAAUUUACCAAAUAUUGUUGGGGAUCUUAGUUCUUUACAGAGAUUGAAUAUGCAAUUGAAUGAUCUUGAAGAACUUCCUUACACUAUUGGAUCAUGCUCAUCACUUUUAGAACUAAGAUUAGAUUUCAAUCAGCUCAGAGCUCUUCCCGAGGCAAUUGGGAAGCUUGAAUGCUUGGAGAUUCUUACCUUGCACUAUAACAGGGUCAAAGGAUUGCCAACAACGAUGGGGAAUCUUUCGCAUCUCAAGGAGCUUGAUGUUAGAUUCAAUGAACUUGAAAGCAUACCAGAAAGCCUUUGUUUUGCUGUUAGCCUUGAAAAAUUGAACGUUGGGAAAAAUUUUGCGGACCUGAGAACCUUGCCAGAAUGUAUUGGAAAUCUUGAGAUGCUCGAAGAGCUAGAUAUCAGUGACAAUCAGAUAAAAAGUUUGCCUAAUUCCUUCAGAUUCUUAAGGAGGUUAAGAAUUUUUCAUGCUGAUCAAACUCCAUUAGAAGUGCCACCAAUGCAAAUAACAAAAUUGGGUGCACAGGCUGUUGUACAGUACAUGGCUGAUUUCGAGAGGGAUGUGAAGUCUCCAAAGAUAAAGAAGAAGAAAAAAGGGUUAUGCUCUUACAUCUGCCCACUGCUCUGUUUUGGCACUGGGAGUCUGGGAGAGAAAAGGGGAUGA